GGAGUUUUGGCAUAGUGUAUAGAGGGAUUCUUGAAGAUGGAACAAUUUUGGCCAUAAAGGUAUUUGAUGUGCAACUGGAAGGUGCAUUCCAAAGCUUUAUUGUCGAAUGCAAGAUAAUGUUCGACAUUCGCCAUCGAAAUCUUGUUAAACUGUUAGGAUAUUGCUCCAACCCAAAUUUCAAAGCCCUUGUUCUUGAGUACAUGCCAAAUGGGAACCUUGAUGACUGGUUGUACACCCACAACCAUUUCCUGGACAUCAUUGAAAGAUUGAACAUAAUGAUUGAUGUUGCAUAUGCACUUGAAUAUCUUCAUUAUGGUUAUCCAGAACCUGUGGUCCACUGUGAUCUAAAACCAAGUAAUAUUCUCCUAGACGAGAACAUGGUUGCUCAUGUUGGUGAUUUUGGAAUCGCAAAGUUGUUGGGUAGUGAUGAUAGCAUUGCAUACACAAAGACCCUUGCUACAUUGGGUUACAUUGCACCAGAGUAUGGAUCGGAAGGCAUAGUGUCAACAAAAUGCGACGUCUACAGUUAUGGCAUCUUAUUGAUGGAAACUUUCAUGACUACAAAGCCUAGCGAUGAGAUUUUUUUUGAAAAUCUGAGCCUAAAGGUUUGGGUUAAAAACUCAAUGCCUAAUAGAGUAAUUGAUAUAAUUGAUGCAAAUUUACUUGCCCCAGAUGAAGAACCCUCGACUGAAAAAAUAAAGUGUUUGUCAUGUAUCAUGGAAUUGGCCUUGAGGUGUUGUUUAGAAUCUCCAGUAGAAAGAAUAUGCGUGAAGGAAGUGGCUGCAACUUUACAAAAGAUUAAACGUCAACUUGCAUGCUCUAUAUAGUUGUAAGUGAUUAUUGAUUCUCAGUUACCUUUUAGCUUCAUUAUUUUUCAA